GUAACGCUAAACUAAAACCUAGUACUAAACUGUCCCGCCGUGUGGUAACUGUUCCAACAGCAGACCACGUUCACCCCAAUCGCUUUAUAUAGAAUGACAAAAAAAUAAAAAAAAAAUAAAAAUAAAAAUAGAGAUCAAAUUUCCCGUCUUGGCCAAAAGAAAAAGAGUUUAAAUUUCGGGAUUGACUCCAGUCAGAUCUUCCCCUCGAAUUUGCACUUUCACGUUCACUGCAAAUCGCGAAAUGAAUCUUCGAUCGCGUAAAAGGAUCUCCAAUCCCUCUAACAAUGAAGAACACAGUGAUAGCUCUGACAAAGGCGAUGAUUUUAUCCAGUUGGACGAUCUUUCUGACGUAGAAAUCUAUGUGCCUCCUUCCGACUCUGAUCAAGGAGAAGGGGAGAUUUUGGACUUAAAUCAAAAACCAAUGACAGCCACUGCCGUCUCUCAUUUGACACGUGCUCCCAUCACCAUUUCUGAUUUUGCUGAGCCUUCACCAAACAGAGCCAACGGUGAACAGAAAUCGAGUGAGCAAAAUGAAUUCCAUUGCGACAUUUAUGUGUCAAACAGAAAAAAGAGAAAUAAUGUAAAAAAGAAGAAGAAGAAGACAAGGGCCGGGCCACCGUUGAGGUGGGAAGAUUGGGAACAAGAGCAUGAGAAAUGGAUUGAUGACAAUUUGACGGCAGAUAUUGAUUUGGAUCAACAGAAUGCAGUAAUAGCUGAGACUUUUGAGGCAUCAUCCGAGUUAAUUAUUCCUUUGUUGAGGUACCAAAAGGAAUGGUUGGCCUGGGCUCUGAAACAGGAAGACUCUGCUACCAAAGGGGGAAUCCUUGCAGAUGAGAUGGGGAUGGGGAAGACCAUUCAAGCAAUAGCGCUUGUCCUUGCCAAACGGGAAAUCCUUCAUGCAAUUGAACCCGAUGGAUCAUUGCUGACCCCAGGUUCAUCAACAGAUUUGGCCAUGAUUAAAGGCACCCUUGUUAUUUGUCCUGUGGUCGCUGUGAGUCAGUGGGUAAGUGAAAUUGAUCGGUUUACUUCAAGGGGAAGCACCAAGGUACUGGUUUACCAUGGCGCCAAUAGAGGGAAAAAUAUCAAACAUUUCUUAGACUAUGAUUUUGUGAUAACAACAUAUUCUAUUGUUGAGGCUGAGUAUAGGAAAUACAUGAUGCCUCCAAAGGAGAAAUGCCCAUACUGUGGGAAGUCAUUUCAUCAAAAGAAGCUCUCAGUUCACUUGAAAUAUUACUGUGGGCCUGAUGCUGUUAAAACAGAAAAGCAGUCUAAGCAAGAGAGGAAGAAAUUGAAAUCUAUGUUUAAGUCAGAUAGAGAACAUACUGGUAAUUAUGAGACUGAUAAAAGAAAGGGGGGUAGCAAGAAGAAAUCGAAGCACAUUGAGGAAGACAAAGGCAUAGACUUUGAGUUUGAUGAAACUUUUGCAGGCAUAGAACAUAGCAUGCCUCAGGGAAAAUCACUUCUCCACUCUGUGAAGUGGGAACGUAUUAUCUUGGACGAGGCUCAUUUUGUGAAAGAUAGACGUUGUAAUACUGCAAAGGCUGUUCUUACUUUGGAGUCCUUAUACAAAUGGGCUCUGAGUGGCACUCCACUUCAGAACCGUGUUGGAGAACUAUACUCUUUGGUUCGCUUCUUGCAAAUAGUUCCAUACUCCUAUUACUUGUGCAAAGAUUGUGAUUGCAGAACUCUUGAUUACAGUUCAUCAACACAAUGUUCAAACUGCCCCCAUAAUUCUGUGAGGCACUUUUGUUGGUGGAAUAAGUAUGUGGCUACGCCAAUACAACAAUAUGGAAAUGGUGAGAUUGGAAAAAGAGCUAUGAUAUUGCUAAAGCACAAAAUUUUGAAAAACAUUGUCCUAAGACGUACCAAGAAAGGCAGGGCUGCUGAUCUUGCUCUUCCCCCUAGAAUUAUUUCUUUAAGGCGGGACACCAUGGAUAUUAAAGAAACUGACUACUAUGAAUCCUUGUACAGUGAAAGUCAGGCACAAUUUAACACAUAUGUUCAAGCAGGAACCGUAAUGAACAACUAUGCUCACAUUUUUGACCUCCUCACACGCUUGCGGCAGGCUGUUGAUCACCCUUACCUUGUGGUAUAUUCGAGUACUACACAAAGAGCUGGAAACAUAAUAAACUGUGAUAAGAAUAAUGAUGAACAAGCAUGUGGCAUUUGCCAUGAGCCUGCAGAAGAUCCAGUGGUUACUGCAUGUUCACAUGUCUUCUGCAAGGCUUGUCUGAUUGAUUUUUCUGCCUCCUUGGGACAAGUCUCAUGCCCAUCAUGCUCGAGAUUACUUACUGUUGAUCUGACUACUAAUGCAGAUGCCGUAGGGCAGUCUAGCAGAACAACACUGAAGGGGUUUAAACCCUCAAGUAUUCUAAACAGAAUACAACUAAAUGAUUUUCAGACGAGCACAAAAAUAGAGGCUUUGAGGGAAGAAAUCAGAUUCAUGGUGGAAAGAGAUGGUUCUGCCAAAGCAAUUGUUUUCAGCCAAUUCACUUCUUUCUUGGAUCUCAUAAAUUACUCCCUCCAUCAGUCCGGCAUAAACUGUGUUCAACUAGUAGGGAGUAUGUCCAUGGCUGCAAGAGACUAUGCUAUCAAGAGAUUUACUGAAGAUCCUGAUUGCAAGAUAUUUCUCAUGAGUCUGAAAGCUGGAGGUGUUGCUCUCAAUCUCACAGUUGCAUCACAUGUUUUCUUGAUGGACCCUUGGUGGAACCCAGCUGUGGAGCGCCAAGCACAAGAUAGAAUUCACCGUAUAGGCCAAUGUAAACCAAUAAGGGUUGUGAGAUUUGUUAUUGAGAACACAAUAGAGGAGAGGAUUUUAAAGCUGCAAGAAAAGAAGGAAUUAGUAUUUGAAGGGACUGUGGGUGGCUCCUCAGAGGCUCUAGGAAAACUGACUGAGGCGGACAUGAGAUUUCUAUUUGUCACUUGAGUUGGGUUGUCCCUAAAAGUAAGCAAUGUUCUUUUGUUACGGUUGUAAACAUCCAACUCCUUGUUUCUGUGUUGGACUUGCAUGGCACUUGGGUUUGUUUUACUUUUGGAAUUAACUGGCGAAUUCGAUAAGUGCCAUAAGUAGUUGAUCUCAAUAAUUGCCGAA